CUAAAUAAUAAAAUCUCAUCCAAUUUAAUUUAAAACAAAAGGAAUUAGAUAAUAUUGAAAUCGAUUAAGGACGGCAAGGAAGUCGGUACGCGCCACGCGGUUUAAUGAAACCAGUCACAGUUCUAAUGCUUACGCUAAACAUGGAGUCUCCAAACCAAAUCAACGACAAUUGAAUCCACACCUUCACGAAACCCCCCAAAGUUUUUGUCUUUUUCGGUUUCGGAUUACAUCAUCUCCAAGACAAGCACCAGCAUCAGAUUUUCUGCAUCCUUAAAGAUCUCGUUGCGGUUUUUGUCGGAAUUGUUUCGAUUUGUUGUGGUUCUCAAUAAGCUCUCGCUUGUCAGAGAAACACCGGCAACGCCGUUGAAAUAGUCACCGGAGACCAUUUUGCAUCGUAGAGUUCGCCUUUUAUGGCGUUCACGUGGGGAUCUGCUCUCCGGAUUUCUGUUCUCCUUAUCCUUGUAGCUGCAAUUGUCUUAGCUUGUUAUUUUCUCCCUGUUGAGAAGCUAUUGAAGGAUUUUUUGUUAUGGGUUGAACAAGAUCUAGGGCCUUGGGGACCUUUUGCCCUAGCUGUUGCGUACAUUCCUCUAACAGUUUUGGCUGUUCCUGCCUCGGUUCUCACGCUCGGUGGUGGCUACCUUUUUGGGCUGCCAAUUGGUUUUGUGGCGGACUCAGUCGGUGCUACACUUGGCUCAGGAGCUGCAUUUCUACUAGGCCGUACGAUUGGAAAACCUUUUGUAGUUGCAAAAUUAAAGGAUUAUCCUCAGUUUCAAUCAGUGGCACUCGCGAUAGAGAAAUCCGGCUUCAAGAUAUGCUUGUUGCUCCGGCUUGCUCCUCUUCUUCCGUUCAGCAUGUUGAACUACCUCUUAUCUGUCACGCCAAUUCGGCUAGGUCCAUACUUGCUUUCUUCGUGGUUAGGGAUGAUGCCAAUAACACUUGCGUUAGUGUAUGUUGGAACAACUCUAAAAGACCUUUCUGAUGUAACUCACAAGUGGAGCGAGUUCUCGCCAGGUCGCUGGGCGUUCUUGAUUUCGAGCCUUGUAAUAUCCGUGAUAUUAAUGGUGUGUGUUACAAAGGUGGCGAAGGACGCUCUAAGAAAAGCUUUAGCAGAGCACGGAGGAGACAUGAACGAAGCGGUUGCAGCCUUGCCGGAGCUGACCGUUACUGAUGAUGCUUCGACGGAUUUAAAUGAGCCUCUCUUGAUAAAGAUAGAUGCACAACAACCUCAAGACCAAGUAAACCAUAGUCAUUAAAAUUAAGAUGAUGAAUACUUACUUUGUAUAAUCUUUAUUUUAACAUACAAAGCUUAGUUUUCUUGGUUUGUAUAAUAAUAACAUAGAUUAAAAAUUAUUUUUAAAAAGUUAUUUUUCUUAGUAACUUUGAGAUGUAAUUAUUAGUUCACAGAGAUUUAAAAUAUUGGAUGAAUAAAAAGAAACUAAAUGGAUUUUGG